AUGCAGUUCAAGAACUCGAUCCUCCUAUUGACGGCUCUCACUGCCGGCAGUGCUGUCGCCCGCACUCACGGCCACCAGCGCCGCCAUCAACACCAUGAGCGCGCUGUCGGUGACUGGGUUACUGCUGUGAUUGACGGCAAGACCGUCUCCUGGCAAAACACCUACGCCGGCCCUMCCGCCGCCGCCGAUGCUGCCCCUGCAGCUGCUACCACCACUGCCGCUGCCGCCGUCAAGGAAGUCGCCGAAGUCGCCAACGCUGUUGUCAACUCCGCUACCCACACCUCUGCUUCCAAGACCGCCUCUGCUACCGGCUUCGGUGCUACCACCGCCCCCUCCGGCUCUGGUUCCACCUACUGCGGCAACGUCGGAAGCCCCUAUGGCUCCAACAUCAUUGAGAUCUCCGAGGGCGACUUGAGCAAGUACGACUACACCAUCACUCUCGACGGAUCCCAGAUCGACGAGGACUACGAUGUUAUCUUCUGGAACAAGUGCAGCGCUGAGGGUCUCCUCACUGGUUUCUUCGCUACUUCUUUCCCCUUGACCGUCACCGUCUCCCCCAAGUCCAAGUCCUACGUCGCCAUCGACACCGACACCCAGGGUGGUUUCAUCGGUUUCCCCUCCAGCUCCUCCAUUCCUCGCAGCACUGUUGACGGAAUCGUCCUUGGUUUCUGGGGUGAGUUCGACUUUGCCGACUCUGCCAACAACGGCUGGUCUGGAUUCGAUGUCUCUGCCAUUGAGGCCAACAUUGCUGGCAUCUCCGAUUACCCCGGUCUCCUCAUCAGCGGUGACGGUCAGACUUCUUCCAUCACCACCGGUCUCGGUGCUGUCUCCAACGCCUAUACCCAGGCUGAGACUGCCAUCGGUGGUAUUGGCGGUAAUGUCGCCUCUGGUCCUCUUGCUUUGACUGCUAUCCUCAACUACAGCGGUUAA